GGGUAGCGACUUCACGUUCAGGCAAUGAAUGAAAGCGUGGCUGUGCGGCCCUGUCAUAACCGCCGGUCAUGGUGCAUUAACCGCUCGGGGCUAGCGCCGUGGUCAGCUGGGGAAAUAAUUAGAGCUGUCGGCUUUUCUCACUGGGAAUGGGAGUCACCUAUGCUGAAGUGCCCCGUCGGUAACAAAAUACGAUGCAAAAAGUCCCACUACACUAACGAAAUCCGGGGGAGAUCAGACUUGCUCCUCGUCGUCACGGUCCGGCAGUAACGCUGGCGCUGCUGCAGGGUUUCCAGUGUGCUCGUCAGCUGCAAAACUGGACAGAAUCGCCUCGCUUCUGAAAACAGGAAAAUCAGACAAAUUCAGAGGCAAACUCGCGGUGACGCUGCGUGGGACUAAUUCAGAAGUUGCGGGAGACCCAGUCGCGAUCUCCGUGAUAGCAGCUCAUACGGAAGGCUGCGGGAUGUCGUCGCCAUGGCAGCAGCCCGACGCCACGUUCCGGCAGUAUGGCUGGCGCCGCGGCACGGGCGAGGACGCCUACUCCCCCGCCACCCUGGUGGGCAACUGGGCCGAGGAGCGCCGGGACACCCGCGCCCUGGCCCGCCGCCGGCCCCUGCCCUCCCAGUUCGCUCACUAUUUUGAGACGACGUAUUCGUCCACGUAUGACCGAGGCCGACAGCCCCCCCCGCGUGAUCCUGGUACAAAGAGGGAACCCCGCUGCUUCCCGGGACACCAGCCUGAGCUGGAUCCCCUGCACACAAAGCCAGCCCCCGACUCCUGCUACCGGCACGACUUCAGAGACCCAGCCCCACACCUGCAGGCGCAGAGAGGGACACAGGCAGGGCAGCAGAGUAAUAGCUCACAGAGCUCCACCUGCUGGGGGAGUGCCCGACCGCUGAGCCGAGCCGAGCCGAGCCGAGCCGAGCCCACUCACCGGCUGCAGGAAAGAGCAGACAGCACAGACACUGCAGAGCUGUCGGACAACAGACUACAACUGAGCCCCUGCAAGGGAUAA